ACUGCGAGUCCAGCCCACACAAACCACACCAACUCUCCCCAAUCCAGCAGCAGCCCUCGAGUGAGUCGUCCCCGCACCUCAGCAGAGAGACGCCACUACCACCACCACCGCAAGCGACGACGGCGAGAUGUUCCUGCGGCGGAUCUUGACCGGCGGUGGCGGCCUGGCGGCGCUGAGGGCGGCGCGCGCCGUGAAGGAGACGACGGGGAUCGUGGGCCUUGAGGUGGUGCCCAACGCGCGGGAGGUUCUCAUCGGGCUCUACACGCGCACGCUCAAGGAGAUCGAGGCCGUCCCCAAAGACGAGGGCUACCGCAAGGCCGUCGAGUCCUUCACGAAUCACCGCCUCCAGAUCUGCCAGGAGGAGGGCGACUGGAAGACCAUCGAGGACCGAAUCGGAUGCGGGCAGGUCGAGGAGCUCAUCGAGGAGGCCGAGGACGAGCUCAAGCUCAUCGCCAAAAUGAUUGAAUGGGAUCCAUGGGGUGUUCCUGAUGACUAUGAAUGUGAGGUGAUUGAAGACGACACCCCAAUUCCUAAGCAUGUUCCUCAGCACCGGCCUGUUGCUCUGCCUGAGGAGUUCUUCAAGACACUAGAUGCUGUCAAAUCUGAUCCCGCUCUGCAAGGCGAUGCUCCUCCCCAAGUGAAGGCAUAAAGAUGACUCUUCCCGUUCCCGGUUAUGUCAUUUCACAUUUUGCUGCGUUGAGUAGGGACUAGUUUCUUGUGUCAUCUGCCAGCAAUGUGCUUGUUCCGAGCAGAAUAAAUUUCUGGCGAGUACCUUCAAAGAGUGAAUUUGAACUCAGUGAUUCGACACAGUAAAUUUGUUGUCCAUGAAUACUUGAUGCCCUGAACAUCGUUUGUUUUGACGUUAUAAUCUAUGAUGACGAAAUAUUGAAUGCUA